CCGACCGACAGCGGCCGCUUGUCCCUGUGCCGGAAGCGGAUCCCGCCGGUCUCCGGGCAGCGCCGGGGCGGGAGCGGAGGGAGCUGCCCGCGGCCCCGGUGCUCGGCAGAGUAUUCUAGAGACCAUCUGUGAUUGUUUUCAAGAUAGUUUCGCUUAAUGAGGUAUGGGAGAGAAGGAGCCAUGUCAGAAGAAGCUGUUGCUGAGACACGACUUUCUCUGAAGACAGUAGCUUUACGGGUGUUUCAUCUUCCCCUUUCUUGGUAUUAUUCUCUUAACCAGAUAAAGCUUUCCCCAGGGUUAAAGAAGCUUUUCACAGUAACAGCAGUGAGUGCAAUAUCUGUGAUUUUUCUGGCCCAUCACUUUAAAAGAAGACGUGGAAAGAAAAACAAGAAAGUGCCACCAUGGGAACCAACUCAUCUUGUAUUAGAGUGUACUAAAGCAGCUGCUUCAGAAAAAGGUUCUAGUUGUUCCAGUAGUCGACAAAACUUGACUCUUUCUCUGAGCUCUGCCAAGGAAAAAGGAUCUCAGUCCUGUAUCUAUGCAAAUGGAGGACUUUUCAGUAAAUACUCUGGUUCAGUUCAAAGCCUGACUUCGGUUCAGAGUGCCACCUCUUGUCACAGUUGUGCUUGUGCCAAUUCUAAUUCCUGGGAUAAAGCAGAUGAAGAUGACAUUAAGCUUGUCAAUAUUCCUGUCACUACACCUGAAAAUUUAUAUUUGAUGGGUAUGGAGCUGUUUGAAGAAGCACUGAGGCGCUGGGAACAGGCACUAACUUUUCGUAACAGACAAGUUGAAGAUGAAGCCAUCUGCGGUUCCAUUAAGCUGGGAGCAGGAGAUGCAAUUGCAGAAGAAAGUGUAGAAGAUAUCAUUAGUGCUGAAUUCAUUCAUAAGCUUGAAUCUCUUCUUCAAAGAGCUUAUCGUCUUCAGGAAGAGUUUGAAGCUACCCUUGGGGUCUCUGAUCCUGCUGCCCUAGCUAAUGAUAUUGAUAAAAAUACAGACAUUACUGUAAAGGAUAAUGCGGAUGAUUUCUGCCUUCGAGAUACAUUAAGCAUUGCGUCCACGGACUCCUUUGUUUCCACAGCUGAGCUUUCAGAGCACAGAGAGGUUCGUAGCACAUAUGGUCUGGAUUCCCUUUGCCACUGCCCCUUGUAUGAAGAAGCCAUGCACUUGGCAGAAGAAGGCAAAAUUUAUUCACGGGUGUUAAGGACCGAAAUGUUUGAAUGUUUAGGAGACAGUGACUUCCUUGCUAAGCUUCAUUGUAUUCGACAAGCUUUUCAGAUAAUUCUUUCAGAAACAGCAAACAGAAUAUUUCUUGCUGAAAGUGGAAGGAAAAUUUUGUCUGCUUUAAUUGUGAAAGCACGAAAGAAUCCAAAGAAAUUUGAAGAUGUCUUUGAUGAAAUGAUAUAUUUUUUGGAACAAACAGAUCACUGGGAUAAUACUGAAAUGGAACUUGCUGCUAGAGGAGUGAAAAAUCUGAAUUUUUAUGAUGUUGUUCUGGACUUCAUAUUAAUGGAUUCAUUUGAAGAUUUAGAAAAUCCACCAAUAUCUAUACAGAAUGUAGUAAAUAACCGCUGGUUAAAUUCCUCUUUCAAAGAAACAGCUGUGGCUUCAAGCUGUUGGUCAGUACUGAAACAAAAAAGACAGCAAAUGAAGGUGCCUGAUGGAUUUUUUGCACAUUUCUAUGCUAUAUGUGAACAUAUCAGCCCUGUUUUGGCCUGGGGCUUUUUGGGCCCUAGAAAUUCCCUGUAUGACCUAUGCUGCUUCUUCAAGGAUCAAGUGCUUUUCUUCCUCAAAGACAUUUUUGAUUUUGAAAAGGUGAGAUACUCAACUAUGGAGAGCCUGGCUGAAGACCUCACCCAGCUGCUGAUCCGCCACACGGAGCUGCUGCUGGCCUAUCUUGGGGCAGACUCCCUGAGACACGUCGGCGCUUGUGUGAGUGGCCACGGGCCCGUCAUGGCCAGUGGGCUUCUAGAAGCAAAAGUACAGUAAACUUAAAACCCCUGGCAAAAGACAGGGAGGGCACAUAGAUGUGCUCUUGUCCUGCCUUUUCUCUAAUGCUGAAGCUACUGUGGCUGUUACUGAGCAAGCAUCUGGGAGUGCAUUGUGUCACUAAGUAUGGAAAAGGACUCAGGGAGGUUAAAUGUACAUCUGUGAGAAGAACUGGGGAGUGUAUUACUGUAUAUACCUAAAUUAAUUUUGCAGCUCAGCUGUCACUGUAUUUAUAUUUCAUGUAUCCCAAAGCUUUUUUCUGUAAUAUUUGGGUAAAGUUAAUUUAUGAGAUACUGUACUUUUGCACAAAUAAUUUGUAAGUGAAGCUGAUGGAGUUGUUUCCUUUAAAAGCUUAUAGUACAAAAUGUUCAUUGCAGAGUCUCCAAAUCAUUAGGUGUCUAGAUCUAGAAGGUGUUUUGACUGGGGUAUCUGCAGUCUCUGAUUCAUGUGACACGUGCAAUAAAGUAAUCACACUCACAGAAGUGAACAUGUUGCCCCUGCCCUAGAAUUCCAUUUGUGUGGGUGUAAGCAGCCAUUUUGUACUACAGUGUAAUGGAGCAGUGCAGGAAAUGUAAGCACCAUUUGGGCAGCAAUGACUGCCAGUAUGCAAUUUUUACUUUAUUUUGGUUUAAAAUAUCACUAAGGUGUUUUAAAAUACUUAUUUAUAUUUGAAAAGCUAUGCUAGCUUCACCAAUUAAUUUAAAACUUCCUUGUUCUAAAACCAUUACUACGCAAUAUGGUGGUAAAUGAACCAAUAUUAUUCUCAGUUCAUAUGUAGCAUUUCAAAAUAUAUUUUUAAAUAAGUAUGUAUGAUAAGAUUUAUUAAUCAUGAAACAGAAUUGAAGGCAGUGUUUUAUAAUUAAAUUAUUUGUGUCUUCCUCCCUUCCUUGUGGGACAUCAGGUGUCUGUUUAAGAGGAGUGUGCAGUGUAAAACUGUGGCUCAGGCCAUGGAACCCUGAACUUCAGCUAGGAGUACAGCACCUUCAGAAGGCAUGAGGGACCUUGCAGUAAUGGCUUUUCCUGUUCCAGAGGUAAUAAAUAGUGAUGAGCUGUAGUCUUUGAAUAUCUGUAAACUGAAGCAAUGCUUCACAGUUAGUUUAGGCUCUAAAAUUGCACUUACAUAUGCUUUGCCACACAAAGCCAGCCCACAAGAAUCUAUCCUGUGACAAGAAAUACAGAGUAAUUACAGAGUAAUUCCAAAUAUUCAGAUACUUGAGAAGCAUGUUGUUAAAAUCUAAGAUAUCAAAACAAACUUUGACUAGAAACAUUUCAACUUCUGUUGCAAACACAACCCAAAAGGAUGCUAUUCAAAAGGAGGGCCUGUGUAAUUCACAGAUUUUACUGAAGCCAACAUUUUGCUCCUUUGUUGUACUCAUUUUAUAAAUACAAAAAUGAUGAAAAUGUGUCAUAUUACUUGUGUGAAAUGCCAACUGAUUAUAGUUUAUUUAACAGAAAAGAGUAUACUCUAUAUGUAAUAAAACAGAAAUUCCAAAUGCUA